GAGACGCGCCUUAAAACCAAAGAGCGCAUCACGGAGAGAUGCAUGGUUUGAUCACACACACUCGCUUUGGACUGUAUGAUAGCAAGGGCACUGUCAAGGCUGCAGUAGCUUAGUGAAUGAAGAGAAACUGCAAGGGAGGAGCCAGGAAGUUACUUUAAAAGUCAGUUCAUCGUGGUGCGUAAAAUGAGAGUUGUGCGUAAAUGUAUGCGUGCCUCUAGUUGGAUACGGUGGUAGAUAAUAUUCAAAUUUUAAAAGCUGGAAAGUUGGCUGGCGGACUAGCUCUGAGCUAGUGUCAGAGGGAAAAGUCUACCUUUGGCACGGAUGCUGUUGGAUGUCUGCGCUCCUGAUUUUGCCUCUUUGAUCUCAUUUGAGCCAUGGCUUACUCUCAGCUGGGAUACUCCUACUCCACCACACCGCAGUUUCUGAUGACCUCCAGCUCCUUGGCCGGUUGUCUGGAGCCGGGAACGACUCCGUCCCACCCGGCGCUGCGCUCACCGGGCCACCAACUCACCCCUGGUUCCAGCAUCGGUGUCUACAGCGGCCCUUAUCCAAAGAGCCAAGGUUACUACAACACCUGCACCAGCGACGCCACCGCUCUCUAUUCCAGAGGGCCACUAGAACCCAAAGACAGAGCUGCCUCUGUGCAUGUGGGGACAUCUCAGACUCCUGCCUACUAUCCCUAUGAAUAUACAUUUGGACAAUAUCCUUAUGACAGAUAUGGGUAUUCCUCCUCUGAUGGAGCUUCACGUCGUAAAAAUGCCACCCGAGAGACAACGGGCACCCUGAAGGCCUGGCUGCAGGAGCACCAGAAGAACCCCUACCCAACUAAAGGAGAGAAGAUAAUGCUUGCUAUCAUCACCAGGAUGACCCUUACACAAGUGUCUACAUGGUUUGCAAAUGCCCGCAGGAGGCUGAAGAAGGAGAACAAGGUGACGUGGUCACCGCGGGCUUGUAAAAGCUCUGACGACCGAGGCUGUGAUGAAGACAGUGAUGAGGCAGAGAAGCCACUUAAAACUGACAAAGAUCUUCCUGAUCAACAGUGUGCAGACCUGCAGAGUGAUCUUGAAGACUUCGACCUGCUGGAGUCUGAUGCUUCUGACUGUGAACCAAAGCCACAGUUUCUACCAGAGGACAAUGAAGCAAACCCAAACACAAACAUCCGACAUGGGCAUCUCACACACAACCCAGAUCCACUACACGGGACAGAGAGAUUGACUCCUGACUGCCCCAAACUCACAUCGGUCCAAGACCAAAACAGCACCUUCUAUCCUAAUCCAGAUGUCCGAAGCUCAGACGCCAAGCCGAAAAUCUGGUCCAUCGCUCACACUGCUGUGUCUUUGGACCCCAGCUUGCAGCCAGAAUACCCUCCCUGUAUGCUGUCAUCGACCAGGUCCUCCUCUCCCGGGUAUCCAUCAAAUAUGGCACUAACCAAGGCAGACAGGCAACAGGAUUCACCGGUCGACACUCUCAGAGAAUGGGUGGACGGAGUUUUCCAUGGCCCCCCUUUUCAACAGCCCAAACCAGCUGCGUUGUGGAAAGGCUUAAAUGAAGCAGUGAUAGACAGCAGAACGCCAGGACAAUCCUUUGUUAGGUCUACGUCAUCUUUGUAGUGCAACCAGGCACCAUCAAUGGCGUUUUUCAAAGACUGCUGGACUUAAAACAUAAAGUCUAUAUUUUGUUGUUGUGACUUGGUAAUUGACUGUUCACUAAGCUCUGCCCUCUCUUGGUUUCUGUUGCUAUGGUGGCAGAUUUAUCACUCUGAAUUUUUAGUAAUUUUUUAAACAAUGAAUCCUUCAUUUCAGACACGUACAUUAAAGCAGGUUUGUCAUUUCUAGCCAACAACCGUUGAUUUCGCCAUCUGUAAUGACGACAUUGGUAGCAGAUUUUAUUAGCUUUGGUUAGCUAGCUAAUUAACAUUAAUGUUAAUUAAUUUAUUAAAAAGAUUGACUCCAGCUUACUUUUUAAUGUUUCCAGCUGAGUCAUUUUAAAAUGAGAGUCCUGUAAAAGGGGUAUUAACUAUGCACUUAAUGGCUACAUGCAUAAUAUCGUGAUAAAAGACUGAGGCUAAAGCCUCAUGUCCCACGCAGGCAAAAAGUCAGCAUCCCCACUAGUUAUAAAAGACGUACAGGCUUCUAGGAUUAAGACGUAUUUGGGAAACGUAAUGCUGUCUUGGAACAUUGGCUGGGGUUACUGGAGUGCAAAUUUCCCCAAACCCAAUAAAGGGCAGGACAGAGCUGCUAACGUUAGCCAAAACUCUGAUAGCAUGCUGGACCAAGGUUUCCACAUGGUGGAUGUGCUAGUCUUGAACAGAACUUUUUGUUAACGUAACAUUGUAACCCCACAAAUUCAUAUAUGCUCCUUAAUGAUGUGCUCCUUGGCUUUGGAAGCAAUGCUCGGUUACUGUUGGGAGAAAGCUAGUUGGUCGGAUAUUUUAGCGAUUGCAGCAAAAGUUGGAGCUGGUAAAUGCACUGUUUAAUCCAUUCCUUAAAUGUUUCUCUUGUGUAUUGGGUUUUGGAACAGCUUUAACAAAGACACAACCCUCCAAAGUCUUCAAAUGCCGGACAUCAUUUUUUACUACUGUCCCAUGUGCACCGUUUCAUCAACAUGUGGAGAAAUCCAAAGCUUUGAAAGAUCUGCUGUGCCUAGUUAUGGUUACCAAGCUAGGAUUGGACAAUUGUUCAGGGUAGGGGUUUAGCAAACAGUCAAUUAACAAUGUAUGAUCCUACUUUGGCAUUUUGAUAAGCUCUAACUCUCAUGGGCCCCAUUAAUGGUCAAAUGUCUAAGAACUGCCACCACACACUUCCCUGCAGCAAGGUUGUACGGUUCUCACAUGAAAAAUAUACAAUAUUGUACACUUGCACUAUAGCCUGCACACGCACUGAACCACAAAAAUAAAAGGUGUAUUCCGUA